AUGGCGGGCAUUGAAGGAGUGUCUGCCAUUAUCACCGUUGCUCAAGUCGGGUUUGCCUUAGCGAAAGUUUUAAUCGAAUACAUCGAGGAAGUUAAGGACGCAUCGAGCCGUAUUAGGCGCGUUGGGAAUGAAAUAAGGACAACUAGCGAACGGCUACUUGAUAUCGGGAAACUUGUCGAGACGAACCCUAUAACAAACGCACUCAGCUCAGAGGGUAUCCAGAGUGCGGUCCGGGCUUCUGAUGAAUGCGCACAGGUACUUAGGGAGUUGCGCACGAUUUUAGCCAAAGGAGGAUAUACGCCUUCGCACACUCUGGUGCAGAAAGAGGAAAUCGAUAUAUCUUAUUUUACGAAAUUUAAAUGGCCGUUUAUCAAGUUUAGACUUGAGGUUCCAAGGGCAGAGCUACAGAGAAUAAAAUCAGAGCUAACUCUACUUUUUACUUCAGUGAUGGCUAUUUCAGCAUCUACCGAGGCCGACAAGAUGUUUUAUUGUGCAGAAAUCGUAAACGUGGAGAAAACGCGCAAGUGGGCAGCGAUGAAGGCCAGCAAAGCCAGACAAAGGGCAAUUAAAGCCGACCGCAAAGGCGACCGAGAGUCUCCAUAUCGUGGUGCAGAGGAUGUUGUAGAUGAGCGGAUACUAACCGAAUUUAUGGAUUUCAAGGAGGAGCAAGCAAUUGCGUGGGAAAGAAAAAGACAAGAAGAGCAACUCGCUCUGCUCCGUGUGCGGGAAGACGCAAAGAGGGAAGCUGAGGAGAAAGAGCGCAAAGCAAUUGAAACUCUAGCGGAACGAGAAUCUCGGAAUUCAGCCACCAAAGAGGCUCUGCGCGUCGAACUAGAGCGGCUCAACUUCUCAUCAACCCAAAUGAAAUCAAUUCUGGACAAUAUACAUGUUGACGUCAACGACGAUACCCAGUCUGUGAUCGCCUUGCGUACACUGGGGCAUGAUUUAACGACUAUUGAUCAUUCAUCAGACCGGAACCCUACUAGCAAUAGCAAGCUUGGGAGCAAUAAGUCAAACCGAAAACCUCGCUGGAUGUUGUGGAAACGUAGCAAACGCGUUCCAUAUGCUAGUGGUUCACCACCCUCUGCUCUAAUUUCAGGUGCUUGGGACGACUCCGUCUUGUUCGAAUCGUGGGUUUUUGAAUCAAGCUCCGGUUUGUGGUGCGAGUUCAAAGAAAAUCCCUCGGAAAAUUGGAGCAAACAGGACUCCCAACAGUUUUGGAACCAGUAUUCACGGCUCCCUGCCAACCACCGUACUACAUUCCAGAAUUUUUAUCACGAAAAGAACAAACCUCUGACGGACCAGGAGAAAUGGACGGUCUUGCACUUAGAGCCAAUCAAAAGGGUCAUCAGAACAGGCAUAUUUGCCCGAAAUGAAGAAGAUGUUGGACUGCGAGUCCUUGCGACGCGGAAAAAUAUGGGACAGUCGAGUUCUGACGGACUAGUGCAAGUGCCAGGUCGAGAUGAAGAUGAAGAAGUUUCAGUGCCGCCAAUAGACGAACCUGACAAAGAACUUCUACCUGUCCCACCUUAUCGAAGUGCUGAAAGUCGAGCCAAGGACCACUUGCCCGAGAACCGGAAACAUGGUUCGGAGAGCUCUGAUAUUCCUCCAGCCAGAGACAGUCAUUUACCUCAAAGAGGGCAUCGCAGUUCAAAAUCACGACAUAGGAUCGUGUUUCAGGAUAACCUAAGCGAUAGCGACGACUCUUUUCUUUAUGGCAAUAGACGAAGGAUAGAACGGCAAAGGAACGAUGAAAUGAGACCUCGCGACAGGUUUACUGACCACGCUGAGCUAUAUAGAAGAUCGUCUGAGAUCCAUCCGAGAUCGAGGACAGAGGAUAUGUUUGAACAACAACCUCGAUUAAGGACGAGCUCCCGCAAGCCUCCUACGGGAAAGAGCAUAGGUGAACGCUUCUACGAGAGGGAACCACCAGCUUUUCCACAUGAGUCAGAGUGGCGACGGAUCAGGAACACUGGUCGCUUUGCGGACGACAAGAAUGCGCACAAUGACGACGCAUGGGAGAGUGGCCGUAGCUAUGUUCGUUCCCGAAGGCGGGAUUCAACACCAUCCCGGCGACAAGUGCGGCUCCUGGACAACGAUGCUCAUGAACGAAUCUUAAAGAAGAACCUGGAGAAGCAGAAGCAAAGGCAGGAGGCAAAAGCCUCAGACGAAACUUCCCUCGUUUUGUCGACAUUGAACCGGUUGACAACAUAUCAGGGCAACGAGCUUCCCCCCCGGCAGCCACCUAUCGUCCCAACAAACCCCAGCAAAGCAAAGGUAGAUUUUGCUCGUGCUCCUGCUCCUGCUCCUGACCCCGCUCCUGUCGACUCUGAUGAUGAAUACCCACCGCCCUCACAUGGGUACACUCCAGCCCCACCCGAUCGUUCCUGGGCCACGAGCAAUAAUACACAAACGGGAUCUGAUAAGCCAAUCAGAGAGCGUGAGGAAAGCAGACAGCGGCCAACCCACCUCCACGACGGCCAAGAUUACCGCUACGCUGCUCCAACUAACAAUACUAAUCUUCGUGGCCGACAACUGGUACAAACCCCCCCACCCGAUCCCAAAAUCAUAGUAUCUGAUCCCUCGCCAAUCUUGCUGCUACCAUCUUCACCUGGAAUUUAUGAGUCUCCUGCUUCUAUUAGCCGUGCAGCAUCCGCCGAAUACUCACACUCUGAUGGCAGUAGCGGCGAGGAAAGCGCUCACUUAUCCCAUCGCACGCGCGAGGGUGAGUCCAGCGAAGACGAUACAGAUGGUACUGGGGGUAAAGUUAAUAAUGACUACGAGUCGGGAGAUGAUAGCGAACAUGACAUGAAUUGA